UUGGGCUGGGCUGGUUUUCUACCAGCUCACAUACUUAUAUUUUUUUCACAGGCAACAAGUGAGCUUCAGUUCAUGUGGUUGACAAAGAAGAUGCAUUACAUUCCCGUCUCUAUAUUAGUAUUCCUGUGCAUAUUAUCUCAAGUGUACGGAGGUGCAGUGUUGGUAUUUCCAAUUGAUGGAAGUCACUGGGUGAAUAUGAAGGUGCUUACUGAGGAACUACAUACAAGAGGGCACCACGUGACGGUGCUUAGAGCCUCUAACAGCUGGUAUAUCAAGGAGGAGUCUCCUUUCUACACCUCAAUCACUGUUUCUAACAAAGGUGGCAUUGAAAAGGAACUGCUUGAUGCAUUUGUGAGACAGAUUCUGGUCAUCAGAAGACAGAAACUGUCCUUCUGGAACCACCUCAUAAUGGCAUUAGAGGUUGGAAAAGUAUUUGAAGAGAUGCACCGCAAUCAACUUUUGAUGAUGGGAGAAAUUUUUGAGAAUAAAACCUUAAUGGAUUCAAUCAAGGAUGCCAAAUAUGACAUGGUUCUUACCGAUCCAGUUUUUGGAGCUGGAGUGUUCCUGGCCCACCGCCUUUGUCUCCCUCUUGUUCUAAAUGCACGUUGGACCAUGCAUGGAGAGGCACAUUUUGAUAUAGCUCCUUCUCCACUUUCAUAUGUUCCUGUACCAGGAGUAAAACUAACAGAUAAGAUGACUUUUGGUCAAAGAGUGCAUAAUAUAAUCGGCUACUUUUUUUCGCUUCUUCACAAAAAAUAUUUUGUCUACUCACACUACCAAUCUUUCUGCAAUAAAUACUUCGGAUCAGAAAUCCAUUAUGUUUCCCUCCUUCAGGAUGCAGACAUUUGGCUCAUGAGAAAUGACUUUACCUUUGAGUUUCCACGACCGACUAUGCCAAAUGUGAUCUAUAUGGGCGGCUUCCAGUGCAAACCCGCUAAGCCACUUCCAUCUGAUCUUGAGGAAUUUGUGCAGAGCUCUGGACAGCAAGGUCUUAUUGUCAUGUCUCUAGGGACCCUGUUUAGCUAUCUCCCACAGGACAUCACAGAGGAAAUUGCUGCAGCUUUUGCCCAGGUGCCACAAAAAAUAAUUUGGAGACACACUGGAUCUCGUCCUGUUAAUAUUGGUAAUAAUACAUUACUUGUUGAUUGGUUACCCCAGAAUGAUCUGCUUGGACAUCCCCAAACUAAAGUGUUUGUAACACAUGGAGGCACUAAUGGAAUUCAAGAGGCCAUCUACCAUGGGGUGCCCAUUUUGGGUCUGCCUUUAGUAUUUGAUCAACCUGACAAUCUUUCUAGAAUGAAGGUUAAAGGCACAGCUAAACUUGUGGAUAUUGCUGAGUUGGACAGGACUAUGAUUCUACAGGCACUGGAAGAAUUGCUGUAUAACUCAACGUAUAGGGAAAACAUGCAGAGAUUGUCCCGUCUGCACCAUGAUCAGCCAAUGAAACCCCUUGAUCGUGCUAUCUUCUGGAUUGAGUUUGUCAUAAAGAAUGGAGGGGUGUCUCAUUUAAGAACACAGUCAUUCAGAAUGUCCUGGAUUGCUUACCACUCUAUAGAUGUUAUUUUCACUCUAGUGGUAACAUUUGUGACAUUUUGUUUUGUGAUUUACAGUGUCAUAAGAUGUAUGUGUUUUAAAAUGAUAUUUAAAAGGAAAAUGAAAUCUGAGUGAUUUAGUGUUAAAAGUUUGCCUACUUCUAAGAUAACAUUUUAUAAUCAAUAUUGUUUUUUUUUGUUGUUGUUUUUUUUAUGUGAAAAAUGAAAAUCUACUUUUGUUUAUUUUUAAUGCAAUACAUAGCUCAUACAUGAAUCACAAACUCAUUUGCAGUGUACAAUCACUGAAUAAAAUCAUCUUUUUCUAUGUUAUCUUUUCUGCUUGUUGUCAAGAUCACAAUUCUGGUAACUAAUUGUUAUCUUUAAUUCAAUAAAGUCCACAGGUGUAAGCUCACUGCAAUGUUGCUUAACUAUUCUGCAUAAAAACUGGACUCACUUGCGAAAAACAAAUUUAUUUCAGUUAAUCUUAUACAAUGUAUGAGUAUUAAAAAACCUUG